GGGGGGGGGCUGAAACGUGGCCAAAAAUGGCGGGAAGUACUCUAAAUUCGCGCCAAAGGAGUAACCGAGCCCGAUUCGUUCGCCACGUAUGCAGAUCGUGGCUGCCGCUGAUGGCGCGCAGCGGACCUGGGUCUAAGCAAAGGAGGACCGUAUGCUCAUUACCUACAUUCGCCCCCUUUUUACCCGGUGGAACUACGCAAUCAAGCGCGCUGGAAAACGGUCCAGGAACGUCGAAUCUUGGCGAGCGUCUAGUGGGAGCGGAGGUUGAGGAGGGAACUUCAGAAUCCCACAAGAGGGAGCGCGUAACGGAUGGGGAAGAAGACGACGGAGGUGCUUUCUCCCGCAGGCGUGGGCUGAAGAGGAGGAGGAUUAUGCUGAUUUCAGACGACGAGGAGGUGGAGGGGUCAAGCGGGGAGGAAAAGGGGGGCGUGUCGAGUACAAGACGGGAGGGAGAGGUCGUUGGGGAGAUGAAUGUGGAAGAGGAUGGAGAAGAGAAAGUGGACGUAAGGUCGAGGGGGGCUGAGGAAGUCGACGCCCGUGCGACGACGACCGGCAAGAGGAUCCGACGGAAGAAGAGGAGUAGGGAGCAUCAGCAGCACAGAAGAUCAAAGCAGCAGAGAGGAGCCAAAGUGGACCAAGGAGAGGAAGAGGGGAAUGGUGGUGAUGUUGAUGAUGGCGGCGAGAUCGACUCCUCAAUGAUGUCUCCUUCAGCGAAUGGGACUGGAGCUAAUGCAGGGGGGGGGUGCAAUGGGAGCAGCAGUAGUGGCAAGGAAAGGAAAAGAAAGAGCAAGAAGAGAAGAAGCAGGGUGGGUGGGGAAGUGGUAGGCAGUGCGAAGAGGAUAGCGGGGAAGAAGUCUACAACAACAGCAGCAGCAGGGGCAACACGUGGCAGCAGCAGCAGCAGCGGCAGCGGCAGCAUCACGGAAGAGACCCUGGUAGCCAAGCAUUGGAAGCCGAAGGCGAGAGUGGUAAAGGUGAAGAUCUGUGGGUUCCAGAGAAUGUGUAUCAAGGUAGAGUACAGGCCAGGGGUAUUCAAGAGGUUUUUCCCGCACAAAGUGGGAAUGAAGGCGGCAAAGGAGAUGGCGAAAGAGUGUGUGAAAAAAGCGCGGGAAUUGGUGAAGGCGGGAGCAAUUGGGCAGAGGUGUGCGAUCUGCCAAGGAGCGCUGAAGAACGCGAAAACGAUCGCCAAGCUGGAAGAGUGUGGACAUCAAUACCACAGGAAGUGCUUGAUGCAGUGGGUGGAAAAGCAGAACACGUGUCCCAAUUGCCGCGUCCGGAUUCAAAAGCUGGAUGGCAAAGUGGUGGAGAAUCGGGAUCUGCGAGUGGACUUAGGAGGAGCCUUCCCGGCGCCGCAGUAUGAGAACCUUCUCUGCCAGAUCUGCAACCUGGGAGAUCGACCCGACAGUUUUCUGAUCUGCGAUAUGUGUGAUGCGUCUGGCUGCCAUAUGGAGUGCUUGGGUCUACUGUCUGUUCCAGAGGGAGAAUGGUUUUGUCCAUGGUGUGUGGAGAACGAGCUUCAGCUGGUCCAGUCUCAGCGGGACCCUCGUAUAUCAACCUUCUUACAUCUUGAGGGAGUUGAUCUUCUGAAGGACCUGAGGAUGCAUGGGCGGGAGCUCGUUCGGCAGGCAUGUGAGCAGCAGGAGCCGGCUUCGAGUGCAUCUCCUCCUGUGUCUUGUGAGCGAGUGUGCUGGAAUGUUCAGCCCGGCGAAGAGUCCCUCAGCCACUGGAUGGAGAUCCAUGAGAUAGAGUAUGCUGGGUGGCAGUGGCAAGGUACGGGAGGCAAUCCGCUGUUCCAGGUCUGGUUCAGCGACGACGACUUCUUUGAUGCCGCCCUCCGAGAUCUUGAGCAGGCGAUGUUGCCACACAGAGGGUUUCCAGUCAUGGCGCUAACUGCUGAGUUUACUGAUGAUGAUGGCUCCAGCGAUGAGGGAUCGGAUGACGAUGACGAUGACGUGGAUGAUGAUGAAGACGACGACGACAGUUUGGACGAUGACGACGAUGGCCUCUUCACUUUUUAUCCUAAUUUUGACGAAGACGAGGAGGAGGAGGGGGAAGAGGACGAUAGCGAUGGCGAUUGUCCUGUUUUCUUGGACGACCUCGUGCUGCGGGAUCCGGACUCUCAUACAAAUGGGACGAGUGAGGAAGAUUCGCAGGACAAGACCUCGGGGGAAGACGAGGAGGAUGAUGUCGAUUAUGAACCCCCUGGUUCCCAACAAGUGGACGGUGAAGACGAUGACAGCAUGUCAAAGGAUGAGGAAGGGUGUGACUCGUUCGAGGAAUGGGAAAGUAGCGACUCGGACGAGACGGAGAGUGAGGAGGACUUUGACUCUUCAGGCUCCGAAGAGUCUCCGUCGAGUGAUGAUGGCGUAGAUUGUCUGGAUAUGCCAGGGCAUUGGAGCAGUGAUGAUAGCAGGGAUGGUGACCACGAUGGCGAAGACGAUGAAGAUGUAGAUUAUGAACCUCCUCUCGAUCCUGAUGUAGUCGGAGGGUCUGCUGCAGCAGCAGCAGGAGCAGGAGCAGGAGCAGUACCACGCCCUGUGCGUGGAACAGCAGACUCGGCAAACAUUGCUGCUGCCGUACAGCGAAUCCAUAGAUUCCAUAGUCAUCAUGCCGACCUGAUACGCGAAAUCCAGAGAGCAACCUCACCAGAUCUGCGCGGGCGGACAAUUCUGCGUGGGCGGAAUGUGUUUGACGAAGGACUGUCUGAUGGGAUCGGUCUGCGCGGUAGGAAUCUACGACAAGGAGGACUCUUGUCGGAUGCGCCCUCGAUGUGGGGGUUUGGAGCUCCGGGGCUGUUCGAAUUUCUAUGGCGUAGCCGACGUCGGCUCGUGAGGAGUAGUAAUUGGGAAGAGGAGAGGCGCAGGGAGUCGUCCACGGAACAGGCGCAUGUAAGAACGGGCUUCUCCACCAAGCACUUGGAGAGAAACCGCUUCUUCCAUGAAUGCCGGAGCACCGCACGAUUCCGGGGAUGGUCCAUCACCACCUCUGGCAUGAUGAGGCUGCCUGUCGGGGUUCACGCGGAGAGCGUUCUCAAGCAGAAUGCCAAUGCACGCAUUGUUGGAAGGGGACUCGUCUUCUUCGGCGAAAGUCCAGCUCCAUUUGGAUUGAGGUAGCCAAGCAUGAUGGGUUUUGACAGAGUGAAGGUUUACAAAUCUGCCAUUCUUUUUUUUCUUUUUCUUUUUCUUUUCCUUUUUUUUUUCCCCUUUUCUUUCCUUUUGUUUUCCCUUUUUUUUUUUUCUGUCAAUACAGUUUCGUUAUGUGGACAUUUUAUGGCGGGAGUCGGUGGGAAAUUGUUGGGUGGAGUGCGCCUCGAUUGAAGGUCGUCACUCGAUUUUCUUCUGUAGAUUAGGCACACAAUGUCUUCAGUUGCACCCUUGUUCCCUUUUCUCGUGUGGUAUACGGGGAGCGGAUAAGCAGUGUUCAGAGUAAACUGAUUCUUUGAAA